AUGUGCUUGGAGGACGACUUGGCAUUGCAGACCAAGAUGACUCGUCUGCUGAUAACGUUGGUUACAUGGAUCUGCGCUCUGCUAAUUGUUGGCUGUCUAUAUUUUCUUGCCGUAAUUGUGCACGAUAUCAAUUCCAUCUAUGACGAUGUCAUUCGAGAUGUACAGGAGUUCCAGGAUUUUGCGAAUGUGGCUUGGAACGUAAUCAUGGACGAUGUACAGCAUUCACAUAAUGUGAAGCGGGAAAGCAAGACCAAAUCGAAAACAUCGAAGCGAGUGUUAGCAGUAGUAGCAGCAGACGAAGAGUGCCCGCCAGGACCUAAAGGCCCACCAGGAAUACCUGGACCGCCA